AAUCUUGCCAGUCAACAAACGCCACCAAAAGAUGUUAACGAGCUUAGUGUGGAGAAUAUAGCAGAGUUUAUGAUGGAUCAAUUUCAUCCGAAGCGUUUCAUUGUUCGCGAGCGAUUCAAAUUUUGGAGUAAAAUGGAUAGAAAGCCAGGAGAGACAGUAAAUGAAUUAGUCGCUAGGAUUCGCCAAGAUGCUGUUACCUGUGAUUUUACAUCAAUCACGGAUUCUUUGGACGAGGCAAUGAGAACCAGGUUUAUUUGCUCUAUCAACAAUGAAGCGGUUUUAAAGGCCCUUUUUAAAGUAAAAGAUGACGAUCUUACUUUUGCUAGAGCUAUAGAAAUGGCAAUUGAAAUUGAAGACGCAGCUAAAGUUGCCAAGGAAACGGUUCACGGGCAAAUUUCAAGACAAGAAGUCAACAAGAUUCAACCGAAAAAGAGAGGGAAGUAUUCCUCGUCUGAACCUAAAUCUUCUUUUAUUGAAUGUAUUAGGUGUGGCAGGGUUGGUCAUAACCCAAAAGAUUGUAGAUUUAAGAACACUACAUGUCAUUAUUGUAAUAAGAUUGGGCAUAUAGAGGCUGCCUGUUUGAAGAAAAAGAAAGAAAGUGCCAAGCUUACGGGAGAAAGAAAUAAAUUAAAAAAGAUUUUUUCGAUCUCGCAAACAAACACGGUCAACAAAGUUAAAGUUCCUGAGCUUCAGUUACCAAUCAAGCUAGAAGGCCAGCAUAUGGUUAAUUUUGAAGUUGAUACCGGUGCUGGAGAUAAUUUUCUUGGCAAAACUGCAUGGAAGGAGCUAGGUGAACCCAUCCUAGAAGCACCAAGUCAGCAGUUUGAGUCAGCAAGUCAACACAAGCUACCAGUUCUUGGUACUGUUAUGUUACAAGCGGAAACCGAAAAUUACAAUCAACAGUCACUGGGAUUUAAUGUAACCGAAUUACCUGACCUUAACCUGCUUGGACGGAGUGCCAUUGCGCAGCUCGGAAUAUCAGUUGACACACUCAUCGAACAGAACAGUGGUGCGCAUGCACAGUGUCAUGCUGUAUUUGAAGAUUUGAAACCUGACCGGAAAUUACAAGCUGAAUGUCGCAAGCUAUGUGAAGAAUUUCCAGAUCUAUUCAAGCCGGAGCUUGGGAGACUGAAAGAUUUUGAACUGGAAGUGAAAUUCAAACCUGAUGCGAAACUAAAUUUUUGCAAAGCAAGAGCAGUUCCUUUUGCGCUUCAGGAAGAUUUAGCUCAAGCAUACGAGGCGGGAAUCAGGCGUGGUGUUUGGCAAAGAAUCCAGUUCAAUGAGUACGGUACACCAGUGGUACCCAUCCGUAAACCGUUGCUUCCGGGACAGACAAAAUCUAAACUACGAGUUUGUGGAGAUUACUCUGUUGCUGUCAAUGCACAAUUAGAAACGCACCGACAUCCAAUUCCUACACCGGAACACCUGAUGCAAAAGUUGUCAGGAGGAUAUGGGUUUACAAAGAUUGAUCUAGCUGACGCAUAUAACCAGAUUGCACUAGGCCCAGAAUCGCAAAAAAGGCUUGCGUUGAGUACACAUCAAGGUGUUCUGCUUCAGAUGCGCCUUCUAUUUGGAAUAAGCUCAGCACCUGGAUAUUUCCAAGAAAUAAUGGAUCAACUAACAAGUGACCUACCAGGUGUUGCAGUUUAUCUGGAUGACAUACUGGUCAGCGGAUCAACUGCAGAAGAGCACCUCACAAAUUUAAAAAGUUUGUUUGAGCGACUGAGUGAAAAGGGACUACGUUGUCGUUUCCAAAAGUGCUCAUUCGCUCAACCAUACAUCGAGUACCUGGGACAUCUGUUGUCCAGCAAAGGGAUAGCAAAAAGUCCUAAAGUUGAUGCUGUUUUGAAGAUGCCUGCACCCAAUGAUGUUUCUGGUCUGCGAUCAUUUCCAGGAUCAGUACAGUUCUACAACAAGUUCCUGUCUAACUUGUCAACACUUAUAGAGCCGCUUUACAGGCUGACAAAGAAAGAUAUACCAUGGGAAUGGGGUGCCAAGGAACAGACAGCAUUCGAUAAAGUCAAGACCAUGUUGUGCAAUGAUACAGUUCUUGCGCAUUUUGACCCAUCGCUACCCAUUGGAAUAGCAUGUGAUGCAUCAAGUGUUGGUAUUGGCGCUGUACUUUUCCACCGUUACAAAGAUGGCAGAGAGCGCCCAAUAGCCAAUGCAUCAAAAACACUAACUGAGACGCAACGAAACUAUAGCCAGAUACAGAAAGAGGCUUUAGCAAUUAUAUUUGCUCUCAGCAAGUUCCAUCAUUUCCUUUAUGGAAGGAAAUUCAUUUUAAUAACGGACCACAAGCCAUUGCUUACAUUAUUUGGUCCUACAAAGGCAACGCCAUCACUAGCCGCCAACCGUCUAGCAAGAUGGGCACUGAUGUUGAGUCAAUACGAAUAUACCAUCGAGUAUAGGAAGACUUCGGACCACGGAAAUGCUGAUGCACUUAGUCGACUUCCGGUGGGACCAGAUGCGCAGUUUGACGGAAGAGAAAGUGAUGCUGAUGCAGAUUGCAUUUGUACCAUCAAAACUGUCAGCAAACAGCUCAACGCAGCAGAUCCAGGUGUACUCUCAAAAGAGACAGAUAAAGACCGAGUACUUGCAACUGUAGUGCGGUAUACAAGAGAGGGUUGGCCUUUCAGCAAGAUACACGAAGAUAGCACUGACAGUGAAAGCACGCGCUAUACAGUGGAUGCUUUUAAGAAAAUCCGCGAGUCACUGUCGGUAACUGAUGGAUGCUUGUUCUACGGAGCACGUGUGGUGAUUCCAGUCAGUCUACAAGCACAAGUGCUGGAGAUUCUUCAUCUAGGACAUUUUGGCAUGCAACGCAUGAAACAGCUUGCCAGGACUGCUGUCUAUUGGCCUGGGAUUGAUGCGAGUAUUGCUGAUGUUAGUCGAGCUUGUCAAGCAUGUGCUGAGCACCAAAAUCUCCCGUCCAAACCACCUGUUCAUCCUUGGAUGUUCCCAGAAAAACCAUGGAGCCGCCUGCACGUAGACCACGCUAUUAACUUCUUGGGAUCAAAUUGGCUGUUGCUGACAGACGCGUACUCCAAUUAUCCGUGUAUCCACCAGACCAGCACUACAAGUUCCAGAGCAACCAUUGAUUUGCUGGAACAGGACUUUGCACACUUUGGUUAUCCACAUACGCUCGUCUCGGACAAUGCUUCAAGUUUUACCUCAGAAGAAUUCCAGGAAUGGUCCAAGGCAAGAGGGAUCGUUAAUUUAACAGGACCUCCGUAUCACCCAGCAACUAAUGGUGCAGCUGAGAGACUGGUACAGACUUUCAAGAAGUCGAUGCUGAAGUCAACAUUACCUUUGAAAGCAGCCCUUCAGCAGUUCUUGAUGCAGUAUCGGAGAACACCACUAGCUUGUGGUUACUCUCCCAGUGAGCUGCUCAAUGGACGCCAAAUCAGGUCACCGAUAGAUAUCCUGAUUCCUUCUCCUGCGCAUCAAGCACAAGGACGUCAGAAUAAGCAAACAGUGAAGGCUGCGCAAAAGCUAGCUGGGAGGUUUAAUCCACAAUACAAAGUGGGUACACCUUGCUAUGCUCUCUAUUGUGGACCUCGACGAGAUAAAGAUCCACGAUGGGUACCAGCAGUAAUUACUAAGGUACAAGGAGCACGGACUGUGUCUGUCAGGGUUUAUCCAAAGGGACCCAUUUGGCGCAGACAUGUAGAGCAGUUACGCCCGAGAUACUUCUCAGUAGAGGAUGCUGAGCCGGGGGAUACACCAAGCAUUGCAGUUCCAGCCGGUAUAUCAGAGAUGGCAACACACAAAGAAACGAACGUUGAAAAUGGUCAAAAAUUGAGAAUUGCAGAUCCAGGACCAUAUGUUAAACCCAAGAGACCUAACCCCCGAAUGCCAACCGGUACCGAGUACAGCCGGGAUAAGCCAAGAAGAUCAAGACGUUUAAAGAAACAAUAAACUUGAUCGCCUAAGAUGGAAGUUUUAGGCUAGCGGGGAGGUGUUGUAGUUUUAGAAAAGACGCUUUAUUUAAAGGUGUUAAUCAAAAUGCGUGAGUGAACACCAUUUGUAUAACGUAACAUGCUUUUUCAAAAGCAUUGUUCUUUGAGUUGUUUUUGUACGGUUUGGAUGUUGAAAGUUUAAUAUUGGAAAACAGUUUUAUUUUCUGUUCUUAUAUGUCUGUUGAGGCGAAAAACACA